UUAACAAAUAGAACCCAAAAUUAGGUAUACACCAUAAACAAGAAGAUAUAUCUUCAUCAUCCAACACCCACAUUUCUUCUCUUUUCUUUUUUCUUUCAUUGAUAUUUAUUUAGAAAAUAAAAGUACCAAAAGGAUGAUCAUACAUUGAUAUUAAUCUCAAAAAUCUAGCAAGAAAAAAAGAAAGACACCCAAACAAAUUACAAUAUGCUCUCUACCAAACCUCAUCCAUUCUUGCUUCUUCUACCAACAUUGUUUCUCACUUCAACCUUCUUUUCACUCUCUAAUGGAGCUUCUUUGUUUGAUCAUGAUCACCUACAACUACCAAACGUACAUGCUCAAGGAGUGAAGAAUGAGGAGCAUAUGGUAUUACAAAGAAUGGAGAGGUUGGUUCUUGAGGGAGAAAAUGAGUCUAUAAAUAACUCAACUUUAAUAUUAGCAGCAGAAAAGACACACCGAAGAGACCCUCUCAAUAAUUACAAUUAUUAUACAGGUGGAUGGGAUUACAGAAGUUUGCAUUACUGGGCUUCUGUUGCUUUCUCUGCUGCUCCAUUGUUCAUCACUGCUGUACUGUGGUUUCUGCUAUUAGGCCUGAGCCUCUGUUGUGCAUGCUUAUGCUGCUGCUGCUGCAGACGCAGAAAGACCUAUAGCUAUUCUCAAUUAGCCUAUGCACUUUCACUUAUCUUUCUAAUAGUUUCUACCAUUGCAGUCAUAAUUGGAUGUUUUGUUCUGUACAUAAAUCAGGACAAGUUUAGCAACAGUGUAGCAUAUGUGUUGGAAUUCAUUCUGAAAAAAGGCAUAUCUAUUUUCGAAAGCUUCAUGAGCAUAGUGAGUGCAUUUGCUUCAGCUGCAAAGGUUUCUGUCAAUCAAAUUCCUCUCCCUCCUGAUCUACAGAAUCAUAUCAAUUCUGUGGAGCAAAUGAUUCAGUCCACAGCCAAUGUACCUCAACUACAAUCAGUCGCAAAUGCGAAAAAUAUUCAAAGAGUUCUGAUCCCUGCGAGCCUGGCUCUCAACAUAGUUGCUGCUGUAAUGCUUAUCUUGGCAUUACUUGGUUUCUUAUUUUCGGUUCUCGGCGUGCAAUGCUGUGUUUACGUACUGGUUAUCUUAGGGUGGAUCCUCGUGACAAUGGCAUUUAUAUUGUGCGGAAUCUUUCUCAUUUUCCACAACGCAGUGGCGGAUACAUGUGUAGCGAUGGAUGACUGGCUUCAAAAUCCAACAGCUAAUUCACCCCUAAGUCUUCAGUUUCUUCCUUGCAUGGACAAGAAAACUGCACAAGAAACCUUGACAACAAGCAAAGAGACCAGUUCUUAUUUGAUAAACACCAUCAAUAAGUACAUAACUGAUGUUGCCAACAAACAAGUACCAUCCCACGGUGGACCUUUGUAUCACAAUCAAUCUGGUCCAUUGGUUCCUCUUCUUUGUAAUCCCUUCAAUCCUGAUUUGACAGAAAGGAAAUGUGCUCCUACAGAAGCGAACUUUAGCAAUGUAGAUCAGGAAUGGACAAAACAUACCUGUGAAGUUUCAGCAGCUGGAAUUUGCAUUACUGCAGGACGCUUGACACCAAAUACAUAUGCCCAGAUGGCAGCUUCUGCAAAUGUCAGCUAUACAUUGUAUAGUUCUGGACAAUUUCUAGUUGAGCUGCUAGACUGCUCUUUUGUUUUAAAGGCAUUCAAUGAGAUCAGCGAAAAUUACUGUCCAGGCCUUAGGCGGUAUAGUUUCAGGACAUAUGUUGGGUUGGUUACGAUUGCAGCUUCAGUUAUGUGUUCUUUGAUCUUCUGGAUAUGUUAUGCAAGAGAGAGAGAACACAGGAAAUGUACCAAGAAGUACAAAGCUAGACAAGAAUUCAAUCCAUUUGCAGGAUGUAGAGCCUGAUAGUAAGCCUCUCGAUUAUUGCCCUGUUCAGGUUGUUAUCAGGAUAUAUUUGGCAGGACACGCACAGACCCUGCUUUCAUAUAAAUUUCCUUCUAGUUUUGUGUGUGAAAAUGUUGAUUUGACAUAGAGCCUGCAGAGAGACCUAUUUGAUGAAACGCAUAAGGAAAGAAGUCAUCUUUUAAGAGUGAGCUGAUUGGUCACUAUACAUAGAGCCAAGAAGCUCUAGUUGGAUCGUAAAUGUUUUAAGAGAUGCUGCCAUAACUCAGGAUUGCACUGAUGGAAAUGAUCAUGGCCAUGUUCUAAAGAGUCGAUGCUAUUUUACUGAAGAUUGACCAUAUGAAGUCAAAUGUAAAACUCUUAAAUUAAUUUUUGUGUCAUUUGAUGUGAACAAAAGGGAUUGAGAACUUCUUUGUAAUAGUAAAUUUGACUUAUAUUUAAAGGAUUAAGAGUAAAUUUCACUUGGUAUUUUC